AUGGAACUUCAAGGUGAUACUUAUAAUAUUCCUCAAGAGGACUUUUUUGAAGUAAUCAUAGUCGGCGGGGGAACCUGUGGUCUAGCUAUUGCAACAAGAUUGUGCGAAAAAUUAGCAGGUGCAAUCUACACUGAGGACGAACAUCAAAGAUUCCACUGGCUCAAAGGUAGGCAAAACAGGGUGAAUUUAAUAAACAAAAACAUUUCUUCUAAUAGGAGUUUUCAAUCUCCCGACAAAAGAAGGACAUAUUCACUGUCCAAAACGUUCUUGCCAGAAGAUAUCUUAGUUAUCGAUAAAGUUUCGAAUAGAUUCAUGGGCCAAUGGGACAACCAAUUUUCAAGUUGUCAAAUCCCCUUCCUAAGAUCGCCAAUGUUCUUUCAUCCUGAUCCUGCCAAUGUAGAUGGGUUGGUAUCCUUUGCUCAUGAAAAGGGAAAAGAAGGACCUGAAUUCUUAAGGGAAAUCGAUAAUGUUGUUGGUAAGGAAUACUCUAAACACCAAAUGAAAAAGAGAAGAUCCAAACGAAAAGGCUUAAGUAAAGUUCCAGUUCCUUCAAAUGGUAAUACACACGAUAAAGAAGGUCUCAUAGAUAUUAAUAUGCGUGACUGGAAGGAUUACUACAGGCCGUCGACUAGUCUUUUCAAAAGUUUUUGCGUUGAUCUUAUUGAGAAGUAUAACUUAAACCUGAGAAUACAAAAAGGGGAAGUUAUUGAAAUGUCAUAUCGCAACAUUAAUGUUAUAGGAACUGAACAAUCUGGAACCGGGUUUAUUAUCAAAACGUCGUCAGGGAAAAUUUAUGGUUGCAAAAUUUGUAUCGCCGCGCAUGGUCACGAAGGCGAAAUAAACUAUCCAGCUCAUUUCGGAGAUCCUCGUUUUCCCGAAGGGAGUUGUCACACAACCCACAUAUUCUCCCGGGAAGUUAAUUUUCCAAAUGAAAGACUCCUUCUGAAAGUGAAGAUAAAAGAGCCCACCAACUUGGUAAUUGUCGGUGGUGGUUUAACUUCAGCACAACUCGUUGAUGUUGCAAUAAAAUCUGGAGUCCAACAAGUCUAUUUAAUCUUACGAGGACCCUUGAAGAUUAAACAUUUCGAUUUUCAUCUUGAUUGGGUUACCAAAUACAAGAAUGUCAAAAAAUCUGCCUUCUAUAUCAGGGAAUCUGAUGAAGAAAGGUUUGAAAUGAUUCAAAAUGCGAGGCAAGGGGGAUCAGUUAAUCCUGAAUACUACAACAUCUUGAAGUCUUAUGUGAAAAAAGGAAGAUUGAAAAUAUUUGACCAUACCCUGAUUGAAACACAAAAUUGGGAUGAUAAUAACAAAGUAUGGCAUUUGGGCCUCCGUACCAAUGUAAAAAGCAAAUGGAAUCCUGAACCGGUGAGAAAUUAUUACGAGUUAUCAAGCAUGGAUUACAUAGUUUACGCUACAGGUAUUAAAGCAAACAUUGAAUGUUUACCACUCUUCAAAAAUAUUCUUAAGGAGUAUGAAAUUCCUAUAGUCGAGGGUUUCCCAUGCUUAACUGACAACCUACAAUGGAAUAAUGUCAUUCCUUUAUACAUCUUGGGAAAGUAUGCGUCUUUGAAAAUAGGACCAUCCUCCGCCAACUUAGAUGGAGCAAGACUUGGCGCAGAAAGAAUUGGUUGGCUUUUGCAAGAAUUGAAAUCACAAGGAAAGUUUAUUUGGGAGCCUAAAGCAUUCGAGUGCACGGAUGAUGUUUCGCACAUAAAAGCAUGUAAGAAUAAGUCGGACCCUUUAUCAGCUUUUGAGACAAGGCUCCGUCUAGCAACCGGCGAAAUAGGCUGGUUCUCCUUACUUCUGGAAAAAUAG